UUUUAUUAGCAAUAAUCUGUGCCUUUUUCUCCUGAUUAUCUGAAACAGAUUUAAGGCAGCAUAAUCUUUCACGUCACAGAAGGAGAGGGACUAGUGGAAACAGGAUAAUAGCCCAUAAAUCCCUUCCUCUAUCCACAUGCAGCACUUGUCAGCAAGAUUAGAGCAGUCAACUUCAGUUAUUAACAUGUGUCCAGGCUCCCUGAGAGCUGCUCCAGUGCCUGUUCUCAGAGGUUUCUAAUGGAGAAUGAGGUAAUUGGGGCUACUCUGACUUCUAUAUAGGGUUAUAUAAAGAUUCUAUAUAUAUAUAAUAGAUUCUAUAUAGGGUAUAUGGGGUGACCCAGAGAAGAGGUAAAUGAAAUAAGUAGUUGCUUACUCUGGCCCAGUGAGGAUCAGCAGACAACUCGGGAAAGGAAAAAGGGAAGUGAAGGGGAGAAAACCCCAGCAUCAUGUGGAAACAGAAUCGAAGAAAAGAGUCUUGGAGCGGCAAAUCCUGGGACACAGCCGAGAUCAAUCCUCUAGAAUGUCUCCAAGGAGAGGACCAAACAGGGGGAGGACAACACCGGAAAAGUGUCUGCUCCGUGGGGGCAUUUUCUCAGGUCAGUCUUCCCCCGUGGCUCGAGAGCAACUAUAACUACUUCAUUGAGGAUGAGGAUGGUGAGGAGUUGGAAGAGUGGGAGAAGGAGUUUCUAGAAGAGAACAAGCUGGAAGGUGCUGAAGUAGCUCCAGAGGCUCCCAAUAUCCCGGGUACUUCCUCCACGCUCAAUGUCAAUGUGGGGGGCCAGAGCUACCGCUUGGACUAUCGAGAGCUGAUCUGCUACCCCAAGACGCGUCUGGGCCGUCUGGCCACCUCCACCAGCCGCAGCCGCCAGCUAGGCCUAUGCGACGAUUACAUGGCCCAGGACGACGAGUACUUCUUUGACCGUGACCCUGCCGUAUUCCAACUGGUCUACAACUUCUAUUCCUCUGGAGUGCUACUGGUGCGGGACGAGCUGUGUCCACGCAACUUCCUGGAGGAGCUGGGCUAUUGGGGCGUGCGCCUCAAGUACACCCCGCGCUGUUGCCGCAUCUGCUUUGAGGAGCGACGGGACGAGCUGAGCGAGCAGCUCAAGAUCCAGCGGGAGCUGCGCGCCCAGGUCCAGUUGGAGGAGGCCGAGGAUCUCUUCCGUGAUAUGCGCUACUUCGGGCCGCUGCGCCGCCGCCUCUGGAACCUCAUGGAGAAGCCCUUCUCUUCGGUGGCAGCCAAGAUCAUCUCCGUGGCCUCCAGCUUCUUCGUCCUCAUUUCUGUCGUGGCGCUGGCCCUCAACACCGUGGAGGAGAUGCAGCAGAAGACAGAGCAAGGUUUGGGAGGCGGAGAUGUGCACCUCAUUCUGGAGCACGUGGAGACGCUCUGCAUCGCCUUCUUCACCCUGGAGUACUUGCUGCGCCUGGCCUCCACGCCGGACCUGCAGCGCUUCGCCCGCAGCGCUCUCAACAUGGUGGAUCUCAUCGCCAUCCUGCCGCUCUACCUGCAGCUGCUGCUGGAGACCUUAAUGGGCGAGGACCAGGCCAGAGGCAAGGGAUCGCCCCGGGAGCACGACAUCGAGACUGUGGGCUGCGUGGGCAAGGUAGGCCAGGUGCUGCGCAUCAUGCGCCUUAUGCGAAUUUUCCGCAUCCUCAAGCUGGCCCGCCACUCCACAGGGCUGCGGGCCUUUGGCUUCACGCUGCGCCAGUGCUACCAGCAGGUGGGCUGCCUCCUGCUCUUCAUCGCCAUGGGUAUCUUUGCCUUCUCAGCUGCUGUCUAUUCGGUGGAACACGACGUAGCCGGCACCAAUUUCACCAGCAUCCCCCAUUCCUGGUGGUGGGCAGCUGUGAGCCUAUCCACAGUAGGUUAUGGAGAUAUGUAUCCAGAAACUCACCUAGGUCGGCUCUUUGCUUUUCUCUGCAUUGCAUUUGGAGUUAUCCUAAAUGGAAUGCCUAUCUCAAUUCUCUACAACAAAUUCUCUGAUUACUACAGCAAGCUGAAAGCCUAUGAAUAUACCGCUGUAAAGAGGGAAAGAGGAAAAGUCGAUUUUACCAAAAGAGCCAUGAAGAAAAUGUCUGAAUGUCUAACCAAUAGCAUCACCCAUCAGAUUCCAAGGCAAGGGAGUUAAAUUGCCAAAAAAAAAUUUCUGUUAUCUGUGGACCUUAUUUUUCAAGUGAAAACCCAAAGGAGACCACAAGAAGAAACCUGGAAAUAAGUUUCAGAAGACACAGUGUCCUAAAUGUUCUGAAUUCAUUUUGAUCUCAUUUUUUUCUUUUGAAAGAUGGAAAACUUGGCUAGAGGCACAUUCAUCAUAAAAAUCCCUUUCAGCUCUGUCAAUCAAUAGCAAUGAAUCAUUUUCAGAUCCUUUUUAGAGCCGAACUUUGAUUUUUUUUUUUGUUUGUCUCCCAUAGUACCUAGCUUAAGCAAACAGCAGGUGGUCAAUAAAUAUUUGUGGAAUUCAAUAGAAUAGAAUUGAGGAGGUUAAUUUUAUUUUAAGAAAAACUUGUUGCUAAUCUUUGGAACUCAUUGUUUGAAUGAGCUUU